GGCUCAGGCAACAGCACCGCUACCUUUACACAUCUUCUCAAAUGUCCCGAGGCGGUCGAGGCGGUGGUCGCGGUGGGGGAAGGGGCGGUUUCAGAGGUGGAGGAGCAGGCAUGGGGGCCAACUCCAUGCCCCCGAUGGGUCUUAGCUUCGCCGAUAUACAAUCCUUGUCGCGAGAAGCGGAUUCACUCUAUCCUCCCAUAGAACCACUGCCUGCCCUUGCUGAGUACUCUGCUGCGGACAAGCGUAUUUGCGAUUUGCAAUUAGGGUUUGCGGCGCGCCUGAAGAAAUCACCGUAUUACAUCGUCGAGUCAGAGAAGGUCGAUGAUGUUCAACGAUAUUCCGACAAGUACCGCGACAGCAGCGCUUCUCGGCCUAUGCUCAAGAGAAAGGAUCUUCAUGCGCCGUUCUUCCCUCAGGAGAUCUUUGAGUGGUACUUCAACCCUAAGAAAAAGCGGAAGACUGCGAAGAAAGCCGCAGGCCAACGCGUAGAUCUGAACGAUUUGGGCGAGGACGAGGACCUAGAAAAGAGUGACGAAGGCUCAGACGCAGGGUCGCAAAUCGUAGAGUCAGACUAUGAUGUCGAUGAGGAAUACGACAAUGACUAUGCUGAGAACUACUUCGACAAUGGCGAGGGUGACGACAUGGAUGACCUCGGGGGAGGUGGAGGAGACGACGGAGGCGGUGGUGGUGACUAUGAUUAGUCUGGUCGUAGUCCCUAGGGAGGAAAAGAAGUCCUUGACUGUAUCGUGUCCAUGUACUUCUAUUUCACUGGUCUCGUCAUUUUAGCGAUUAUGACUCUUAUUAUGCCAUAAAUCUAAGAGUCUCGAACGCGAUGUUGUUCAUCGGUGCGCCCGUACUUUGAGGUUGAUUUUCGUCACGUGUUGGCAUAAAAGGACGCGUUCCACCGUUGUCAAUGUCUACUCCUAAAUCCAACCUCUACUUAUCCCCCACACGCUAAACUAUGUUCUCCGUUCUUUUCCUCAUCUACCUUUUCAUGGCGCCGGCCGCUGUCUCUGCGUGCGAAGGAGAAUGCAUCGUCAAGACCACCAACG